CUCUUCCGCAUAUGUUAUGUAUUGAAUCGAGCAGAUUCUCAAAUCUGGAGUAGACGCCAGGUUCCUCGGAGUAGCUGUAUCAGAAUUUAGGAAAUAUGGAAGCCAGCAGGGGGCAGAAUGGAAUCCAACAAUUGCUAGCUGCUGAACAAGAAGCGCAGCACAUUGUCAAUGCUGCAAGAAAUGCAAAAAUGGCCAGACUUAAACAGGCCAAGGAAGAGGCUGAGAAAGAGGUUGCUGAAUUCCGUGCUCAGAUGGAACGUGAAUUUCAGAGGAAGGUUGCAGAGAGUUCUGGAGACUCCGGGGCUAAUGUGAAACGGCUUGAACAAGAAACGGAGGCAAAGAUCAGUCACUUGAAGACGGACGCUGCUCGGAUAUCACAUGAUGUUGUACAGAUGCUUUUGAAGCAUGUGACAACUGUGAGGAACUAGGAUCUCGUGAGGUUGAUUGGCUAUUUAUCUGAUGCUUUGUAAUGCCUGUGUUUCUAUAUUAAACUGUUGUUUCAUGCUGGUGACAAUUGCUUUCUCUUAUUUUGUAAGCAUUUCCUUUGUCCUAUAAUCUAUUUAUGUUGUGAAUUGGCUCACUGUGUUUUUGUUAUGGAAUAAAAGCUCAAUUUCUGCUCCUUGGCAUCAGUGUCCAACAGCAGUCUCAGCUAUGAC